AUGGCGACUCUCAGAAUGCCAAACACGACCUUCUUCGGUCAGCUCGCGGUUGAGCCACAAAAGUAUGCUCUGCUCGACAGGCCAAUCUGGCUCAACCUCGUGUACGCUUUCUUGCUCUACUCGGCCUUCGUGGGAUACAAGUCGGCAUUCUUGCACAAGACCAGCCGCAUUCCUGGGCCUUUGCACCUGCAUUGGACUAUGCUCCCGGCACUCUACUACUAUGUCCGCGGUACACAGUGGGGCUAUGUUGACAAGCUGCACGAGAAAUACGGCACCCUCUUCCGACUUGGUAGCCGGCAGAUCUAUGUUUCGGACAAGCAUGCCAUUCGGCAGCUCCUGGCCAAGGAGAAUCUGCCCAAAGUCAACUGGUACGCUUCUCUUUCGCGCGACCCAAAGACUGCGGGCAUGUUUACAACCACCAACAAGGAAUACCACCGCUCGCGUCGUCGGCUGAUGAGCCCUGCUUUCGCCGUCGAGUUCACCAAGCAGCUCGAGCCUUUUCUCGUCGAUGCGACCAGCAAGCUGUUUGAAGGGUACAGCAAACGCGUGCAACGAGCCGGAGGGGCUCAGACGCUCCGUUUCAACCUGUACGAGGAUCUCGCCUGCCUUGCCAUGGACAUCCUAGGCGAGACUGCGUUUGGUGUCAGCUUCAACCUGGUUGCCUGCCUGGAUGACAAGGAGGCGGAUCGCAAGUUUAUCGACAUCAACAAGUUGCUCGCCAGAUACCUUCACGAUGGCGGGAUUCGAUUUUUCUGCCGGCCUUUCGACAAGUACAUGAAGCGCGACCUCGACGUUUACAAGCUGACCAACCCUCUGGUGGAUGCGAGGUUCUCGGAAACUGAAGCUCGGCGUGCAGUGGCGUUGGCCGGCGGCGAAGCUGGCGAGUCUCGCAAGGACAUUCUUCAAUUCCUGGUUGAUGCCAGCUUGGAUAUGCAGAAGGGUCAAAAGGAGAAGCUGACGCUCACCCACGUUCGCGAUCAGUGCGUCGAACUUCUGAUUGCCGGCGGAGAGACGACUUCGAAUACGAUCACCUACAUCCUCAAGUCGCUCCUCGAGAACCCUGGUAAGCUUGACAAGCUCUACGAGACGAUCGAGCCUGAGCCUCUCGACUACCCGGUGCCAGGCUUCACGUCGCUACCGGACACCCCCUACCUAGACGCCUGCAUCCAAGAAGGCAUGCGCAUGUACCCGGUCACUUCUGAACUCGGCCGACGCACAGGCAAGGAGCCGACGACCAUCCUUGGUCACGUCAUCCCUCCGCGCACUGCUGUGUCGGCCUCGCUCCGCGCACUCCACUACUCGCCUCAGUACUGGCCUGAACCGCACCGGUACUGGCCUGAACGCUUCUUGUCGGCGGCCGAUCGCGAAACUCUGGGUGGGCACGACGCACCGGAUGCAGACAUGGAGGCCUUCAUGCCCUUCGGCUGUGGCCCUCGCAACUGCAUUGGCUCCAAGUUCGCAUGGCACGAAAUGAGGAUGGUGCUGCACACCUUGUUGGCGAGGUACAAGGUGCAAGCUGUCGAGAAGCAGGUUGAGUUCAGGCAGUUUGUCACGUUCCAGUUGGCCAAGCCUAAGUUUGAGAUCGCCGUCACGCCGAGGAUGGCGGUUCAGGCUUGA